GUAUGCAGCAAAUACCCCAGUUCGUCCGCCUCGGACAGAAUCUCGUUCCUAGACCGAGAUACAAACCAUUUUUGGGAAUACCUUCAUCUUUCUCUGCAUUUCGAUUCGAACGGCUAGUGGCUUAUCGUAUAACACAAUGGCACCCGAACAACAACGACCACCGAGAAUUCUAGCUUGUGUGCUAUGUCAACAGCGCAAGAAGAAAUGUGACCGAAAAAGUCCAUGUUCUUUUUGCAUCAAGGCGAAAAUAGAGUGUAUUCCGAGUACACCUGCUCCUAAGCGUACUCGUCGCAAACCUACUAAGGAGUUACUUGCGAGAUUGGAGAGAUGCGAAGAGCUGUUGAAGAGAUGUACUUGUGUACAGAAGAGUUUGAUGUACGAUGCGCUUGCUACGGGGACAGGGAGCGAGUCGAGUAGUCCUGCUGAUAGCAAUUCGAGUCCGCCGCCUGAGAGCGAGAAGACGUCGGUUUCGAGUCCUGAUGAGAGGCAUCAGGCUGUGUAUCAUUAAGUUAUUUGGAUAUGGAUGGCGUUUAGGUUGGGGAGUUCAUGGCUUCAUGGACGGUAUACCUUUGGAACGGUAUAAGUGAACUGGAGGAUGGCGUUAAGGAAAACAUCCCAUGUUGGCAUAUAGCUGGGAAUCACUAAUAAUCUAUCGCUCUCAUUUCGAAAUGAGCUCGCAUGUAUAAUACGUGGUGUUGUAUCGUAUGUCAAUAGACCUCAC